UACCUUGCAUCUCAAUCCUUUGGGCUCGACCAGCACGAUAUACCCUACUUCACGCUGGGCCUUACCACGUCCUUUCUUAUCCCAUUAAUCGACGAGCUUUUAUGCCUAUAGACGGUCAUGCGUAUCUGGUAUCUCAGGGCUGGACUGGAAAAGGCACUGGUUUGCGACAUGGUGCUAUAGCGAAACCAGUCACAGUCACUCAGAAGAAAACACUAUCGGGUAUUGGAAAGGACAGAGAUGAUGCGUUUCCGUUCUGGGAUCACGUUUUCUCUGCGGCUGCAGACAAAAUUAAAGUAAAGAUUCAGACUGAAGAUGAUUCGGACGGUAUCGAGUCGUCUACCCCUGCGCCAUCAUUCAAACGAACGAGCACUGGUAUAAUUUCUAACAAACGUCCUCCGACUGGAAUACCCGCAAUCUCUGGUUCCACUACACCAGAGGCUUCAACAAGCGGAACAUCUACCCCUCGCAUGAGCCUCAUGGCUGCUGCUAAGCAGGAGGCUGCGAGACGUAUGCUCUAUUCAAUGUUCUUCCGUGGUCCAAUUAUGCGCUCCGACUAUGAGGAUGUGAUUGUGGAGCAGACGGUGGAGGAGGUAAUCGUAAAGGAGAGCGUCGAAGUCGUUUCAAUGAUCAAGGAGAGGAAGAAGCGGAGUAAAGGUAAAGAAGUGGAUAGAGGUGAUUCAGAUAUCGAUGAAGACGCCACGGAAGAGAAGAAGAGGAACAAGAGCGAUAAAGCGGAGAAGCCGUCGCGCGAGGAACGGAAAAAGUUGAAACGAUCCCGAGGAGAUGAAGAGGCUGAGGACGCAGGAAAGCCGAAGAAAGAAAAGAAACGUCGGAAAGAAGAGAAUAUGGAGAACGAGAAGAAACGAUCGAAAGAUUUAUUACCAGCAGCAGAUUCCUCAACGCAGGAAAAUUCUUUGGAUCACGCAAAGGAAAAGGAGGCAAGGCGAGCGAACAAAGCAGAAAAGAAGGCGAGAAAGGAGGAGAAAACCCGUCUGAAGGCCCAGAAGAAAAUUGAGGAGCCUAUGUUAACCUCAGCUCUACCGAAGGAUGCCUCAACAGGCUCUAUAGAACUGCUGCCAGAGCUCGUGGGCGGCGAAGUUGCGCCCAAGAAGCGUAAGAAGCGUAUCGAGGACCCAUCUGAAGAGAAAGGCAAGAAGAAACGUAGAAAGGAGCGGGAUUCUGAAUGACACAUUCCAUGUAUUUGUUCCUACAUCGUCUUUAUGCAGCUUUGGUUCGAAACAAUCUGCAUUGUAUUCGUGUGCUUCAUCUAAUUUACAAAUGUCGAGAAUAUGAAUGUCUGUGGUAGGAGAGAUUGAUUCACUUCCUGUCAUUACUGCGUGGAACGAUAUAUAGAUACAUACAAUUCAAAACGCCCUUUCCUUUCAUCAUG